AUGAAAAGUGCGAAUGGUGCUAUUAAAGUAGGCACCAGAAACUGCUGCUUUUGGCAGUCUCUGGAGAAUGCCGACGUGAAAUACUUAGUUCUUGUGAAGUAUUUUCUACCCCUGGUAGAGACCCUCGCGGUUGUCGUCGUCGUCGUCGUCGUCGUCGUCGUCGGCGCCGCCGCCGCCUUGUCUCUGGAGAAUGCCGACGUGAAAUACUUAGUUCUUGUGAAGUAUUUUCUACCCCUGGUAGAGACCCUCGCGGUUGUCGUCGUCGUCGUCGUCGUCGCCGGCGCCUUGUCUCUGGAGAAUGCCGACGUGAAAUACUUAGUUCUUGUGAAGUAUUUUCUACCCCUGGUAGAGACCCUCGCGGUUGUCGUCGUCGUCGUCGUCGUCGUCGUCGUCGUCGUCGUCGGCGCCCUGUCUCUGGAGAAUGCCGACGUGAAAUACUUAGUUCUUGUGAAGUAUUUUCUACCCCUGGUAGAGACCCUCGCGGUUGUCGUCGUCGUCGUCGUCGGCGCCGCCGCCGCCUUGUCUCUGGAGAAUGCCGACGUGAAAUACUUAGUACUUGUGAUCUAUUUUCUAUCCCUGGUAGAGACCCUCGCGGUUGUCGUCGUCGUCGUCGUCGUCGUCGGCGCCGCCGCCGCUUUGGUAAUAGCGGCAAGUAGCCAUUGA